AUGGGAAAUAACGCUGAUAUUAUUGCAAUAUUUGGAAAUAGCGAUUCAGAAUCUGACGAUAAUGAGUUGACGCAAAAAUGCGUUAAACGCAAGAAAUCAACUGAGACAAUUGAUCGAAGCGAUUCGAAUUUGAUAUCUGAAAAAGAAUCAUCGAUUGAGUCAAGAAAAUUCGAAAAAAUUAAUGAAUUAGAUAAUAGAUUAUCAAAAGGAAGUGAAUUGGAACUGGAAAAGAAUGAACUAAAUGAGAAAACUUCAUCAACUAAUUCCGUUUCACCAUUGACGAUUAGUAAUGGUGAUUUGAUGAUGAUGUUUGUAAGCGCGGUAAAAAAUUUGAAUUUGGAUGGUAAAACUGAAAAAGCGAAUGCCCUUGAUCAUAUAGCACCUGUGGUAUUGGAAAUUAUGAGGAUAGCAAUGAAAAAAGUGCAAGCAAAUGAAGAAGUCGAUGUUGGAGCACUGAUAACGGAACAAGUUAGAAAUUUUCUUGAUACCGAUCGGCAUAAUGUUGAAAGGUUGACUUUAUGUACAGAUGUAAUUAUUCCUCUUGUACAGUCAGUCAUCCUAAAAAUUCGUGUUCAUGAUUAUUAUGAUUAUUAUGAAGAAAAAAAUUCGAAUAAAACUGCGUGUAAAAAAUAUUCGAAAGAGGAAAUAGAAAAAAAAUGUUUAGACAGCAAAAUGAAUAAACUUAAACGUAUAUGCGAAGAACGCAAGAGAAAAGCCGCUGAAGAUGAGACAAAUCAAGAGGAAUCCAUAUCUAAUGUAAACGACAAAAUUCACCAAAAAAUUAUCAGUCAACAGGUAAUUGCAUUAAUGACAAUUGAACUUGCACUCAUUUAG